AACCAGUACACCUGCAAUUAAAAAAAUUGUCCUUAACAUGUAUACCAUUGAAGUUCUUAUUACCUUGCUAAUGGGAGCUUCAGCUGCCCUGCCAUCAAAACAAAUUGAUAUCUCUGCAAAUCCAGACCUAAUCGUGGGAGGAGCGGAAGCGACUCUUCAUGAAUUCAAAUUUAUUGUUGAUAUGCGGAAGAUUGGUUUACAUUACUGCGUGGGUUCAGUUAUUAGUCAAGAGUGGGUAGUCAUAGCGGCACAUUGCGCGCAAAAUCCGGCAUCAUCCUACACUUUGACUGCAGGGGAUCACAAUAUUGUGGAGAUUGAAGGGGUGGAACAAGUCAGAUAUGUGGUGAAUAUUCUUAUUCAUCCCAAUUAUUCAAGGUAUGUGGUACGUAAAUGGAUUCCCGAUUUAAUAAUUACUAAAUGAACGAUUUUGUGUAAACACAAAGGCCGGGAUUUUUAAGCUACGAGAAUGAUAUUGCGUUAAUGAAAGUUUCACCACCAUUCGAGUUUAAUG